GUGUUUUUGGGCCACUGUCACCUCCCCAACCUUACCAUGCGACCGCCGCUUUGCACCUUCCGCACCUUCCGAUGCACCUUCAGACCUGCAAUCGACUGCAAUCGACCGCAAAAUGCAACCGACCGCCCUCUCUCCAGCACGUGCCCUUCCUAAAUAUCACAAUCACAAUCUCACGUAUUUAUCAUACGCAUACGUUUGUACCUCACCCUGGCAGUAUUCCAGCUGUCCAGAUCGCAACCUCCACAUCACAUUCAUUGCGCGAAGCGGCAAUUCGCUGCAUCGGAGAGUAGGAGGGGUGGGCAUCCACUACCCAAGAUCUGUACAAACCUGGCAAGCUCGGACGGAAGCUUGCAACUUGCAAUGCAGCAGGCACAAACUUGCAACCGUGCAAGUUUCUGGGCGUGUCACUCGCCACGAUGCAAGCUUGAGGUCGUGUGAAACUGGCGCCCUGCCUCUUGCAUUUCUGCGUAAUUAUGGUGCACCAUUGCACGCUGCACGCUGGACGUUGUCCACCCGCGCAAAUGUGGUAGAUCAUCCUGACGAUCGGACAUCACAUGCCGAGGAAUUAAGACGAUCUCUGUUAUACCUGCUAGAUCUCCAGUAGCCGAAAACCCGUCAAGGUUAAACGAUAUGCGCCCUCAUUGGCAAUACCACAGAGAUGUUCUUAUCAUUUGACGACACAUACUGCGCACAAGCAAUUGUAUUAGCAGGAGCACUUUGUUCC